AUGGCCUGCCAGCAUCUCCAACCAUGUGAGCGGCCAAAGGCCAUCAACGUGCUCAAGGCUUACGUUCAUUUGCUGAAGCCCUCAGUGCAAGCAGCGCACGCGGCCAACACACUGGGCAAUUCCUCCAUCAACGACGACGAUGUGAUGGCGCGUGCAACCGCCAGCGCCGACUUACACCACCCCACAUCGUCGCUGCACCAGCAUGCGCACUCCCCUCCACCGGAUUUGCUCGAGCCCGCCUCCUGCCACCUGUUUGGGAUUGAUGGGCUCAGCGAUCUCCUGCCGCCCGCACACAGCGAGCCCCCGUCCAGGGCCCAGAGCGCCACUCCGCACGCAUCCGACAUGUCGUCGCUUCUCGCCUUCCGCACGGACAGUAACAGCAACAGCAGAGCCGCCCCCGCUGCCUUUGGAGGUGGCAGUGGGGGCGGGCGGCCGUGGUCCCCACCCGGUCGCCUGUGA